AUGUGUCGCCUCCAGAUUCGCCAGGCCGCCGCGCCCACUUCCCCCGCGCCGCCGCGCGCCGGCCCGCCCGUGCCCAUGCGUCGCCUCCGCGCCGUCGCCCGCCGCCCGCGUCAACGCCUCGUCGCCUCCGCGCCGUCGCCCGCCGACCGCCGCACCUCGCGCGCCGGCGCCCGUCCCCGUCGCCGUCCGCCGCCGCCUCCUCUCCACGCCGCGCCGCCCUCGACGCCGUGCUCCCCCUCGCCGGAUCCGGCUAGUAAUGAUUUUGCCCAAACAUCUCCAGCGGAUGAAGGCGACGUGGUCGACAACGGCGAGGGAGGCGCCGGUGACGGUGACGGGGACGCCAAUGACGGCGACAGCGACGCCAGUGACACGUCUGAAGGCGACCCGGGGGACGCCGUGAGCGAGAUGUCCGAUUGA